AUGCAGCUUGUCCUUGAGGACGGCACCGUUUUUAAUGGCUAUUCCUUCGGCUCCACUAAACCCUCCACGGGUGAAGUUGUGUUCAACACGGGCAUGUCUUCUUACCCCGAAUCUCUGACCGACCCAUCCUACCUCGGACAAAUCCUGACCUGCACCUACCCACUCAUCGGUAACUUUGGAGCUCCAAGCUACGAAAAGGAUGCCCUCGGUCUUUACAAGCAUCUCGAGUCUGGCCGCAUUCAGGUCUCCGGCCUCGUUGUUUCCGAUUACUCUGAGCAGUACAGCCAUUUUGAAGCCGUUCAAUCCCUCCACGACUGGUUACACAAAGAAGGCGUUCCCGGUAUCUGUGGCAUUGACACCCGUGCCUUGACCAAAAAGAUUCGUGAGCAUGGCGUUAUGCUGGGCAAGAUUGUACCUGCUGGUGCCGACUACGUUGUCAACUUUGAGGAUCCCAACAAGCGCAACCUGGUCGCUGAAGCUUCGCGCAAAACAGCCCAGACUUUUAUGCUCGAGGAAGGCUCGGACGUCGACAUUUUGGCCGUUGAUUGUGGCAUGAAAGAUAACAUCAUCCGCCAGCUCGUGCAGCGCGGUGCUCGUGUCAAGGUCGUGCCCUGGAACCAUGAUAUUUCCCAGGAAUACUACGAUGGCCUCUUCUACUCCAAUGGACCCGGUGAUCCGGCCAUGGCCACCGAGACGAUCAACCACCUGCGAAAUGCUCUCAAGCAGGACAAGCCCAUCUUCGGCAUUUGCAUGGGCCACCAGCUCCUGAGCCUUGCCGCUGGCGCCCAAUCCUACAAGCUCCCUUUUGGUAACCGUGGUCAAAACCAACCCUGCAUCAACCUCGAGGACCGUCGUUGCUACAUCACUCCGCAGAACCACGGCUAUGCUAUCGACGCCGAAACGCUGCCCGAAAACUGGGAGCCCCUCUUUGUCAAUGCCAACGAUGGCUCGAACGAAGGCUGCAAGCACGUCUCCAAGCCUUUCUUCUCCGUCCAGUUCCACCCCGAGGCCGCAGGUGGCCCCCAGGACACCGGCUUUCUUUUUGAUCGCUUCCUCAGCCUCGUCCGUCAGUCCAAGGCCAAGAGCCCUGCCCUCUCCAUGCCCAUUGGGCCUUCCCUGGCAUCGGGCAAACCCCUGGACGCCACCCUGCCCUCCCACACCGACCUCAAGUUCCCAUCUGCUGCCGUCAUUGCCUCCUACCCGCCCCUCAAGAAGGUGCUCAUUCUGGGCUCAGGCGGCCUUCAGAUUGGCCAAGCCGGCGAGUUUGACUACUCAGGAUCCCAGGCCAUCAAGGCUUUGAAGGAGCGCAACGUUCAGAGCAUCCUGAUCAACCCCAACAUUGCCACCGUUCAGACAGCGGAAGGUCUGGCCGAUCAGGUGUACCUUUUGCCGGUUAUUCCAGAGUUUGUGCAGAGCGUUAUUGAGAAGGAACGCCCCGAUGGCAUCUUCCUCCAGUUUGGCGGCCAAACCGCUCUCAACUGUGGUAUUGAGCUCGACAAACUGGGCAUCCUGAGCCAUUACGGCGUGCGCGUUCUCGGAACCUCGGUGUCCUCCAUUAUUGCCACGGAGGAUCGCGACAUUUUCGCUGCCAAGCUUACCGAAAUUGGCGAGCGUAUUGCUCCCAGCAUUGCCGCCACCUCCACCGAGGCGGCCAUUCAGGCUGCCCAUGAGAUUGGUUAUCCCGUCAUCGUGCGUGCUGCCUUUUCUUUGGGUGGCCUUGGCUCUGGCUUUGCCCAUGAUGACGCCCAGCUCCGCACCCUGUGCUCGCGCGCCUUCAGCUCCUGCCCCCAGGUUCUGGUUGAAAAGUCCCUCAAGGGUUGGAAGGAGAUUGAGUACGAGGUGGUCCGCGAUCAGUAUGACAACUGCGUCACCGUUUGCAACAUGGAGAACUUUGACCCCCUUGGUAUCCAUACUGGUGAUUCGAUCGUUGUUGCCCCGUCGCAAACCCUCUCGGACAAGGACUAUCACCUGCUGCGCUCAGCCUCCAUUCGCGUCGCCCGCCAGCUGGGCAUUGUCGGAGAAUGCAACGUGCAGUUCGCGCUCGACCCCUUGUCGCGAGACUAUUGCAUCAUCGAGGCCAACCCGCGUCUCUCCCGCUCCAGUGCGCUGGCCUCCAAGGCCACUGGUUACCCGCUCGCCUUUGUGGCCGCCAAGCUGGCCAUGGGGGAGAAUUUGGGCGACGUUCGCAACUCGGUCACGGGCACCACCACCGCCUGCUUCGAGCCGGCUCUCGACUACGUUGUGACCAAGAUUCCGCGCUGGGAUCUGAAAAAGUUUAACAACGCCAGCCCCAUCCUUGGCUCUGGCAUGAAGUCGGUUGGUGAGGUCAUGGCAAUUGGUCGCUCCUUUGAAGAGUCGUUGCAAAAGGCCGUCCGCAUGGUCGAUCCGUCCCUGGACGGCUUUGAGCCCAAGGCCUCCAAUGAUCUGCUCGAGUCAUUGAGCGUGCCGACCGAGUCUCGUCUCUUCUCUGUGGCCGAGGCGUUUCGCCAGGGUUACACCGUCGACCAGAUCUAUUCUCUGACCUUUAUCGAUCGCUGGUUCUUGUACAAGUGUAAGAACAUCUUUGACAUUGGCAUGGAGCUUGAACAGCACAGCCUGAGUGAUCUGCCUGAAGACCUGCUUCAAGAGGCCAAGAAGGCUGGCUUUUCCGACAAACAGAUUGCCAAGCGCAUCGGAGCGUCUGAGCUUGCCGUUCGUGAAAAGCGCAAGGCGGCCAACAUCGUGCCCUCGGUCAAGCAGAUUGAUACCUUGGCCGCUGAGUUCCCGGCGCAAACCAACUACCUCUACACCACCUAUCACGGUACCGAGGAUGAUGUUGAUUUUAAUGAGCACGGUACCAUGGUCCUGGGCUCGGGUGUUUACCGUAUUGGUAGCUCUGUUGAGUUUGACUAUAGCGCCGUUCAAUGCAUUCGUACGCUUCGUGACCUGGGCAAGAAGACGAUCAUGGUCAACUACAACCCUGAGACCGUGUCCACCGAUUAUGACGAGAGCGACCGCUUGUACUUUGAGGAGCUCUCUCUUGAGCGCGUCCUGGACAUUCACGACAAGGAGAACGACUCGGGCGUCGUCGUCUCGGUCGGCGGUCAAAUUCCCAACAAUUUGGCCAUGCAUCUGCACGAGCAGGGCAUGCAAAUCCUCGGUACUCAUCCCGAGAACAUUGAUCGCGCCGAGGAUCGCGACAAGUUUUCCAAGCUCAUGGACGACAUUGGUGUGGACCAGCCUGCCUGGCGUGAGCUGACCAAUUUGGCUGAAGCCGAGGACUUUUGCAACACUGUCGGCUACCCGGUGUUGGUGCGGCCCUCGUACGUGCUCAGCGGUGCUGCCAUGAAUGUGGUGCGCACGCCCGAGCAGCUCGAUCGCUAUCUUCGCGAGGCGGCCGAGGUGAGCCGUGAUCACCCCGUGGUCAUUUCCAAGUUCAUCCAGGGCGCCCGCGAGAUUGAGCUGGACGCCGUGGCACAGAAGGGCGAGGUGGUGGCAUAUGCCAUUGCCGAACACGUGGAGCAAGCCGGUGUGCACUCGGGUGAUGCCACUUUGGUCCUGCCGGCACAGGACUUGGAAGAUAACAUUUUCCAGGGUAUCCUCGAGUCAGGCCGCAAGAUUGCCGCUGCCCUACAAAUUUCCGGCCCCUUCAACGCCCAGUUUAUUGUCGAGGACUCUGGCGCCAUCAAGGUGAUUGAGACCAACCUCCGUGCCUCGCGCAGUCUGCCCUUCUGCUCCAAGGUCAUGGGCAUUGAUUUCGUGGAUCGUGCCACUCGCAUCUUCUCUGGCGAGCAUGUCGAGCCCAUCGAUUGUCACACCGUUGCACCUCCCUAUGUUGGUGUCAAGGCGCCUCAGUUUAGCUGGUCCCGUCUUCUUGGCGCUGAUCCAGUGCUGGGCGUGGAGAUGGCAUCAACUGGCGAGGUGGGCUGCCUCGGCACCAGCAAGCACGAAGCCUUCCUCAAGGCUCUGAUGUCGGCCAACCUUCGUCUGCCGCGCAAGAACAUCUUGAUCAUGGGUGGCGACGAGAAGAAUGCCUUCCUGCCUUCAGCUCGCGCACUGGCGGCCAUGGGCUAUUCGCUGCUGGCUACGCCCGGCACGGCCUUCCACCUCGCCCACCACGGCGUCGCGGUGACUCGCCUGUCCAUGCCACGCCAGGACGACUACUUGGCGGACCCCCACACACCAGACGUGCUGCAUGCCCUUCGCAAUGGCAAGGUUGAUCUGUUUAUCAACUUCCCCCGCGUCACCUCGUUGGGUCAGGAGCCCAACACGGACGAGCAGCGCAAGACGUAUCGUGUGCGCCGCGCCGCAGUGGACCACAACGUGCCGAUUAUUACCAACCUGAAGGUGGCGCAGCAACUGGUCGAAUCUCUGGCCAAGACUCACAAGUUUGGCGUUGACUCUUACCAAGAGCUUCGUGCCGAGGCCCGUGCCAAGGCCGCCGCGGCUGGCGAGAAGGUGUAUACCGAACAGGAUUAAGUUUGUUCCCAUGAGAGAUUGAUCGUGAUAGAACAUUCUUCUUCCACUGUGGGGAUCGAUGUCCUGUGGCCCCCCGUAUUCCCUUGUCUCGGGUGCUUGUGAGUUGAGUCUGCUGUUCAACUUUAACUUUAAUUUUGGCCCGCCUCCGCAAGUCAUGGCACCCUCCCAAUUCAAACCUUUUUCAACC